ACAAAGUCACGCACACGCACACACACAAUCUCUCACUCUUAUUUUAUCAGUUAUUUAGGCCUCCAUGGAUUUCCCCUCUCACUCGCUCGUGUAUUCAGUAUGCUAUCUGAGCCCCUAUUGAUUUCCCUUAUUUCCCAUUUCUCCCUCUGAUGGUUUUAUCAUCUGUAUCCCAUUCUCUCUCUCUCUCUCUCUCUCUCAUUUUUGUAUUAUUGCUCAUUUAAUGCAAAAACCUGCGUCUUCCUCUCUGAAACCAGUUAACUUAACAGGUCUGCUGUAUCGAGGCUGAGAGAUUAUGCAUCAGCUUCAAAAUUCCCACCAUCCAAAAACCUGUAUUUUGGUUUUUGUUGGAGUAUGAUGAAAUUCCAUUUUGGGUUUGUUUAUAUUUUCGGAAUUAGAGAUGGAGUUUCCCCCAAAAGUUAAAUACUAGAGAAUAUGUAGAAGAGCAUGCCUACAAUUUAUUAAACACUUCUCUGUUCCCUGAUAAAGUUGGUUGAAUAAGAUAAGUUUGCAUCUGGGGUUGGUCUAGAGUAGCAGAUAGAGGUGCAUUUUCCACCUAAAAUUACAUUCUAUAAAAUGUAUGGGAGAACAGGCCUAGAUAGGUUCAAAAAAGCCCAAACUAUUGAACCCUUUUCUGUUACGUUAAAUAAUUCAGUUACUAAGCCAGCAACUCAACCUCUGAUUAGUUCUUCUAAACCCCAAGUUUCACAAUCCCAAUCUCAAAACCAGCAACAAAAUGUACGUCCAAAACCUAAUGGGUCAGAGGGUGCCCAAGUUACUUCUGUGGGGGGUGGGCAAUCAAAUUGGCAGCCCCCUGAUUGGGCAAUUGAGCCGAGGCCUGGUGUUUAUUAUCUUGAGGUUAUGAAGGAUGGAGAAAUUCUCGACAAAAUCAGUCUUGAUAAGAGGCGCCACAUUUUUGGAAGGCAGUAUGCUUCUUGUGAUUUUGUGCUUGAUCACCCCUCCGUUUCUCGGCAGCAUGCUGCGGUAGUGCCUCACAAGAAUGGGAGAACUUUUUUAUGUUUCGUUUGCAGCAUAUAUGUCAUUGAUUUGGGUUCAGUACAUGGUACCUUUGUUGCCAAUGAACGACUAACAAAGGAUAACCCAGUUGAGCUAGAAGCAGGGCAAUCCCUACGUUUUGCCGCAUCAACAAGAAGUUAUAUUCUAAGAAAGAAUACGGCUGCGCUUUUCCCUACCCCUUCACUAGCCACUGAAUUUGUUCCCCCUUCUCCUCCUGACCCUUCAGAUGAAGAUGCAGUAUUAGCAUAUAAUACUAUUCUAAACCGCCAUGGAGCAAUCAAGCCAGGUUUGUCUUCUAAGUCAUCUAGCACUAGGGAGGACGGUGAGAAAGUGGAGAGAUCUAGCAAGAGACUUAGAAAAACAAGAGUGGCAUUCAGGGACCAAGUUGGAGGUAAUUUGGUGGAGGUUGUUGGGAUAUCUGAUGGCCAAGAUGUUGGAACUGAACCAGGCCCUGUUGGUGUGAAAGAAGGGAGUCUUGUGGGGAAGUACGAGUCUCUUGUACAAGUCACUGUGAUACCCAAAGGUCAGGAGCCACAUUCUCCGAAGGAUGGGGGGUCUAAAGGGGUAACCGAUAAGUUACAACAAGUUUUGAACAAAGUUAAAACUGCUACAAAAGUUGGAAUUUAUGAUGAUCUCUAUGGAGAUUCUUUUGCAGGAAAAGUGGGUUCCUCUUGGGCAAACCUAUCAGGACCAAAUGGGUUGAAUUUGGAAAGUGAAGGAAAGUCUCCAGGUGGAUUUGAGAAAAAACAGGAUACGAUUUCAACUUAUGAUGAUGAUGACGACUUGUUCGGUGACAAUGAUUAGUGUGAGAUAUAGCACUUACAUAGGAGUGUUUUUGUCCAUGCUGUGGUUUUGGAUUAAAACCUACUGGAGGUAUGCUGUCCUCUUUACAUGGAAAUCUUCAUGUAAUUCCUGUUAUAUGCCGAAUAGAAGUUAUCACUUUUGGAAUGCUUGAAUUUUUGUAAUGUGUCAUAGCAUCAAUGAAAUGUUGCAUCAUUGUCUGCUC